AUGGCAGUGAUAUCAGAAGGAGUCGCUCAGAUCAAGGACGGCACUGCUGAAGAUAAAUUGCGCCGAUCUGGCCUAAGAAUACGUACGCACUCACAAUGGAUAAGAACAAAAGCACUUCCAUCUCGUGUUCGUCGUGAGGACAAAAUCGAGCGAUAUUGCUCUAAACAUCUCGAUCACUACCGCAAGUUCUGCGGUGACGAUUCCGCAGAAGUAGAUCGUUCUGCAUCAGCAAAACUCGCCAAAUUCUGUCCUGCUUACGAGAAGCACUGUUCGAUGUCCAAACGCUCUUCCUCGGACUCGUCCGACGACUUCGACAACUUAGUCGUGCCUCCACCUCUUCCCAAAGGAAGCGACUUUGCCGCUCUCGAUCUGCCGUUGGGCAGUCAGUCCAAGGCAGCACCAGCAGCUUCUAAGACGAGACUUACAGCUGCUAUCAUCGCUAGCUGCACUCCUGAGUGCACUGCUGCCCACUGUACCGACGAAUGCAAAUGCGCUCACACUCAUCCCAAGGUACAUGCGAUGUGCAAUCCACCAUCAAACGCGCAGCUUGCCGACACCUGCCAGAAAUGGUACGCGAAAUGCCCCAUGUUCCAGCCGGUGCAGUACUACUAA